UGCUCAUGUACCAAAGCAAAUCAGCACCGUAAACAUAGGGCGAGACCUUCGAAAACCUGCGUUAUUAAAACUGUGUGUGAUAGGUUGUUUGGUCCCCACCCACUCUUGUCUCCCGCAAUAAUGGCAGAGAUGUCGGAUGCCCCGGGCGACUGCUACUUGGGUAUUGACAAUGGCACCCAAGGUUUAUCGGUGGUGUUGACGGAUGCCAACCUCAAGCGUUUGGUUACCGGAGAAAGCAGCUAUGAGUUUGUCCCAGAUACUGACGCGGGAUGCUACGAACAACUCACGGAUGAUUGGGAUCUAGCCCUGACCGACGCUAUGAAAUCCGUCCAUUGCUAUUUGUCAGAACACAAGUCCUUACAAAUAAAAGCUAUAGGUAUCUCGGGGCAAAUGCACGGCGAAGUCUUGGUGAAUCAUGAAGGCCAACCUUUGUCGUCGGUCCGUCUCUGGUGUGACGGUCGCAACGAGGACGAAGGCGAGGAACUCACACUCGCGUUUCAAUUCAAGGUUCCCAAACGAGCAACCUGUGCAAGAUUUCUUUGGACAGCUCGCAAUCGACCCGAAUUGGCCAGUCGCGUUGCGCACAUAACGACACCGGCAGGCUGGAUGGCUUACCGACUGACCGGAGAUGUUGUACUCGGAAUCGGUGAUGCAAGUGGCAUUUUUCCUAUUGACGCGGAUACUCUUGUUUACGACGAAAACAUGCUGCAAACGUUUGAUAAUUUGGUCGGAAAUGCUGAUAUCCCAUCUAUGCGAGACAUUCUCCCGACAGUACGACGAGCUGGUCAAGAUUCAGGAGUGCUGACGCAACAAGGCGCCGCUUUGUUGGGCUUCCAAUUGCCGCCAGACUAUCCAAUCGCAAUAGCUGCGGCCGAAGGCGACCAAGUGGCCGCUCUGGCAGGUAGUCUUAUUGGCCGGGAUGGUAUCGUCUCAUGCUCGUUCGGAACCUCGGUUUGCGCGAAUGUAGUUAGCAAACACGGCGCAGUAGAAUUGCCUGUGGAGCCUUCCGUUGAUCACUUUUGCGGAGCCGACGGCAAAAACAUACACAUGGUUUGGCUGCGCAACGGUACAACGUUUUUCAAUACAAUGGUGGCUUCGUAUGGAAUCCUGUCGGACAAAAACGAUGCAUUUUCUGCUGUCAUGCCCCAAAUGCUCAACGCCGCCCCUGAUUGCGGCGGACUGCUUGCGCUGCCUUUUAUGGAUGAUGAGCCGGGCUUGCAAGUUUCUAGGGGUGGUACGGCUCUACUCCUUGGUCUCAAUGGGAACAACGCAACACCAGGAAAUAUUGCCAAGGCGGCCCUGCUUUCCACCAUGUUCAAUUUGAAACUGGGUUGUAAAAUUCUACAAGAGAAUGGUGUUGUUAUGAAAGAAUUGGUUUUGACCGGUGGUCUGUCAAAGUCCCCCGCCUGCGGACAAAUUUUGGCCAAUGUUUUUGGCUUGCCAACCCAACUGCUGGAGGCGGCAGAUGAGGGAAGCUGCUGGGGUGCUGCUGUGCUGGCGAAGUACCGUCAUUUGAGCAUUGGAGACAAUGGAAACGACUGGACACUUUUUUUGGAGUCAAUCAUGAAAGAAAAACGUAUUGAACAAACCAGGUUUGAACCCGAUUUCAAUGCUGUGCACGAAUAUUCCAAGGUGUUCGACCGCUACCAGAUCCUUGUAAAAUUGCAAACACAACUAGCCAAUGUUUAAAUUAUAGAUUACACCCGUCUGUUUCCGG